CUGUCUUCUCCUGCGCUCCUGCUCCAGCUUCUGCUCCGACCCAGUCAGGCUGGGCUGGGGCUCCCCUCCGCAAUCCUUGCUGCCACCCUCGAGCCUAGGCUGGCGCUGCUGCUGCUGCAGCUGCAGGAGUCUGGAGUCCAAUGAUGCCUUCCUUCUAUUACAGAUAAAUACGUUGUGACCUCUGACAAAGUGACUUCCAGGUGAGGAAACUGAGGCAGACAGGACCAAAUGACUUGUCCAGGGUCACCAAGUUAAAACGAGAGUACAUGAUUUCUACUGAGAAGCUGGAUGGGCCUCUUCUUGGAAGGUGAGAAAGGGAGAGUUUCUAAUUCACAUUUGAAUUUUGGAUCCUAUCAAAAGAAGAAUUACAUGAAUUCAUUCUUCCAAAAUACACCACUGACAGAGAAAUCUAUCAUUUCUGCUGCUGAUGUCUGAAUGCUGGAAGGACUAACCACUCAACCCUGCUGGUACCAGUUCCUGAGACCAUCAUGGGACCAGAAGGUAGCCUUCUGCAUAGUGGACAGGUGCACAUCAUCAUCUGGGGGAGUUUGGCAGCUGUUGCAACUUUCCUGCUCAUUACCUUCCUCAUCUUUCUGUGUUCCAGUUGUGAAAGAGAAAAGAAACCAAAACAACAAAAUGGUGACCACGAGAACUUGAUGAAUGUGCCUUCAGAUAAGGAGAUGUUCAGCCAUUCGGUCACUAGUCUGGGCACUGAACUUCCUGCUAGCAGUGAACAAAAUGGGGGCCUUACCAAUGGAGAUAUUCUUUCAGAAGACAGUACUGUGACAUGCAUGCAACAUUAUGAAGAAGUACAGACUUCUGUUUCUGACCUUUUGGAUUCCCAGGACAGUUCAGGAAAGUCAUCAAAAUGUCAUCAGAGCCGGGAAUUACCCAGAAUUCCUCCCAAUGACACCUUGGAUACCAUCCUUACCACAAGAAAUGUGGACAAUGACCAGGGUCUUGGGAUGGAGGGACCAUAUGAAGUUCUCAAAGAUAGUUCCUCACAGGAAAACAUGGUGGAAGAUUGUCUGUAUGAAACUGUGAAGGAAAUAAAGGAAGUGGGAACAGCGGCCAACCUAGAAAAAAGCCAAAAUGGAAGACCAAAUUCUGUAACUGCCCUUAAAGAGAUUCAGGGCUCUAAACCUAUGAACAAAGCUGAGUCUGCAGAAUAUGCCUCUGUGGACCGAAAUAAAAAAAGUCGACAGAGUGUCAAUGCAGAGAGUAUCCUUGGAAAUUCUUUAGAUGUAGAGGACGAAGCCCCGCCACCUGUCCCCGUAAAACUACUUGAUGAAAAUGAAAAUGUACAGGAUAAAGCAGAUGGGGAGGCAGCAAAUACAGGGGCCACAGAGAGCACAGAGAGUCAAAUCAACAAGAGACUUAGUUCGCUGUCCUACAAGUCUCGAGAGGAAGACCCAACUCUAACAGAAGAGGAGAUUUCUGCCAUGUACUCCUCUGUGAGUAAGCCAGGACAGACUCUGAAAGUUCCAGAUUCCACGUACUCCUGCAUCCAAGAUGUGGCCCCAAAGAGAUCCCCAUCUUCCGGCAAUGAUCUCUAUGCCACUGUGCGGGACUUUGAGAAAAACCCAAACAUGCCUCCCUCGGCAGCCCAUUCCAAUGGGGAACCGGAACCCGACUACGAAGCAAUCCAGUCUUUAAACAGAGAUGAAGACAAACCCGUGUCCAUGACUAACGGUAACCACAUCGCUUUUCCAAAAGAAAAUGACUAUGAGAGUAUCGGAGACUUACAUCAGAGCAAAGAUAUCACCAGACUUUAAUGCCCAGAUGGAAUUUUUUUUCCACAUGAUUCUGUCAGCCAUUUGGGAAUGUUUCUCUAUUUGAAGAAAAACAGAAGGUCAUCCUAAAUGGCAAGUUGUGCAUUGCUUUAGAGACCUGGACCUGAUGGGGAGAGGCAAUAACCAUUUUCCAACUUUCCCAAGCAAUAAAGUAUCCACAGAUACAUACAUAGAUGCUAAAAAAAAAAAUAAUAAUAAGCCGAUGUUUCAUCCCUCUCUCCAAAGUGGUUCAUUUGCUCUUGAAGAUCAAAAAGUGAGGAUAGAUCCAGUAUUUUCAAAUGAACCCUCUUCACCCUAAUAUCCAUCACUUGCCUAAAAUACUGCCUUUCAGAAGAGCCAGCUGUUCAUUGUUUUUGCUCCUCACUGAAAAAUUUUAAAUGUAUGGCUGUUGUUCUCAUCUCCAAACAAAACAACUUAUCCCAAGGAUUUGCUCCCCAAGGUUUGGAAUUUUUCCUCCAGCAUAGACUCGUUUGGAUGAUGAGGAAGGAACCGUGACUAACUUGUUCACUGUUCCAAUCUUCAGGGCUCUUCAGGGAGCUGCUUCUUCAGAGACUGGAGAGUCAAACUCCAGCACACAGAUAGGAUUGGAGACUUUCUGUGAGUCUCUUCAGAGUUUGAUCCCUUCUUAUGUUGAGCACUCCACUUGUGGCCUAUAUACCAAAAGUACUUGAAUUCAGUUUUAGAUGCUUUGUUUUAUUUUUCUAGUCAAAAACUUUUUUCGGUAUUUUAAGAAGAAUCGGAAUUUUUUCAGUAUUUUAAGAAUGUUAUGGUACUUAUAGAAUUCUUUUUAAUUAGCCGGGAACUCAUUAUUUCAAACAGAGAGCCUUAAUCUUUAUGUUUGGACACAGACCACCUAUUUGGACAGUGGCCACACUGGCUCUGAAGGGCUGAGAACAUGAAUGUAUGUUUCAGAGUAUCUCUUCAGAUCGCAGUUAAAAGAGUUUUGACUGGCUUGAGUAAUUGUUCUGAGAAAUUAGUCUAGAUUCAAUAGAGCAUUUGUAAGCAUUUAUUUUUAGUAUGUAAAUAUCUAAAGUAUUUUGUUUUGUGCCUAGAUCCUGAGAAAUAUCAGAAAGUAUGUAGAUUAGCUAUUUUCAUUUUAUGACUCAUUUAUAGUUUCCUUUAAAAAGAAAACAAAAACUCAAAAAGCACAUAAGCUAGUUAAUUACAGCUAGUUGUGUUAUUUUUUAUUUUAAACCUUUCUCUAACCACAUAUGUAACAGUUGGGAUCUUUAAAGAUUCAACUUUUCAAAUGGUACAUGAUGCUCCUGGUCAGAAAUACCUUGGUAAAUGAGUAAAUGAAAUAAAUGUAUAUUUUGUUUUUUUUAAACCUUUAUUUUCCGUCUUAGUAACUACUCUAAGACAGAACAGCAAAGGCUGGGUAAACAGAAUUAAGUGACUGGCCCAGGAUCACACAGCUAGGAAAUGUCUGUGGCCAGAUUGGAACUCAUCUUCUCCUGACUCCAGGCCUGGCGUUCUAUCUAGCGUGCUACCUAGCUGCCCCAAAAUAAAUGUCUAUUAAUUGUCGGUACUAGUACUUUGGGGCACAAAUUUUAUUAAAUGCUUGGUUGAGCCAGAGGACAAGGAAUCUUCCUACAGAUUGUCACUACCCCCAGUUGGUACUUAUUUGUCAUUUCUCUCAGUUUAUUACAGUCCAGUGACUAUGCAGACUAUAUGAGCAUUUAUAUGAGCAAUUUGGGAUUUUCUACCCUUCACACCAAACUGUGGCCAGCUGUCAGAAUCCAAGGAAGACCCUGUUCUGGCCAAGGCUGGCCUUACUUGGACCCACUCAGGUCUUUCAAAAAGACCCUUCGAAGAUUCGUACACCUUUCACAAUUCCAGAAGAAUUAUUGGUCUUAUUGUGAAUGGUGGCUUAUAGUCAUUGGAAAACCACAGGUUCUUCCCACCACCAGAAAAGGAGGCAAUUCUGUUUUGCUGCUGAUAAUGCCUCUUUUCAGUUUCAUCAGUUCUGCUCUUUUCCCUCCCGGUAACAAGGAAGGUGACUUGGGAAGCUAAUGCUGCUGGAGAAAUAUGUGGACUCUAUCUAUGACAACUCUAUACAUUUAACUAAAUUUACAUUUCUGAAAUAACAAGGCUAGCUUUGACAGGGAAUUAGCUGAUUAGCUAAUCAAGCAUAAGGUUUUAUUUCUUCAGAGCUGAGACCUCCUGCUACGACAUUAAGGGUACAACAACAGGAGAGUAAACUAGCCUAAAUUACAAUGUUUCUGCAGCGGAGGACAACUGGAAGCAUUCCUAGAGAGCUCCUGCCACUGAGUAGUUGAAAAUCUCUUGCUUAGUGUAUCCAAAUAUCUCUGAGCACAAUUCAUGUGUUAAGCACUUAUUAGUUAAUUAACUAGGAACUUAAGGCACCUCAUUUCUUUUCUAGGUCCUGGGGUCUCUAUUCAACAUUUAUUAAUAGUCAUGAUCACAUAUUCAUGGGCAUCUAGGCUCUUCUGAAAAUAAUGGACUAAAUUAUCACCUCUUGGCCUGAAGAAGUUAUCAUUCAGGUAUAAAUGCAUCUCUUAACUCACGAGAGAUUAACUUAGUCCUGAGGAUGACAGAACUUUCCAGAGAGAUGUCUUUUUUUCUUUGCAGAUAUUGCCUCCCCCCCCCCAAUAAUUUUCCAAUGUGGAUUAUGUGUGCCAGGUCUACAAGAUGCACUUUGCACCUCCUUCUUAAUUUGAGGACCCCUGACAGAGGGAGAUGUGAGGUCUAUCAGUUAAUUAACAGGUUGUAAAAGAAUAUUCAGAGAACCUGAUUAAAAGCAACACACACACAAUCUAAAAGACUGGCUAAUAGCACAAUCAUUUCUAUUGGGGGGAGAGUGUAAAGAGGAGUCUGACCUGAUGAUACUUUGACAGGGCAUUCUAUGUUUUUUCAUAGAAAAUUGUGGUUUUUCUUUAUUGUUCCUAUUUGGGCAUUAAACAAAAAAUGAAUCACAAUUUUUCAGAUUUCUACUAGAGUUGAAAGAAAAGCUAAAGAGAGAAGGUGGUCACUUCUACCAAAUCCUAGGAUGUUAAAAUUCAAAUAUCCAUAAAGGAUACCUUUUUUGAUCAGUUGUAUUAUCCUUUUAUGAAUUCUGUUAGAGUUCUUUCGAUUAGGUGAGAGAUGUCAGUUAUUCUAUCCAUCAGAAUUACCACCUCGUCUGAAAUGAGUUCUUGAUAUUCUUUUGUCAUUGUUUUCUUAAACUGGAGACCUUUUAAAAUUCCAAUUUAAUUUUUGAUGCCCCUUGUAUUUUUCAAACAGAAAUUUUAUCAGAAAAUCUGUUUGAAGAAUUUGUAGGAACAAGUUACAGCCCAGAGGAGAAAAAUAGCCUAUUUCUCCUUGAAUUGAUGUGUUUGCUAUUGUAUCUCCUAUGCUACUAUAAAUUAUAUCAUUAGUUAUUUUAAAACAUUUCAGAGUAUAGCUCUUCCUUAGGCAACAGUUGAUUACUAUUUCAACUGCCUCAAAGCUACGAAAAUCCAAGGAACUCUGUCUAAUUAGGUGCUAAAAUUAAUGACUGAUUGUCAACACAAGGCAAUAUUGACAUUUUACUUCAAUGUGUGACAGCAUCUAUUUACUCAACAGAACACGUGUUCUUAAUUUUCGUAAUUCUGUAUAUUCUUUUUUUAACUGGGACUUCGCAAAGUGAAAGCACCAAUCACCUGGUUAUCACUUACACACACCCCUGGCACUCACUGAAUGAGAAGCAGUCAGUAACAUGUCUUCUGAAUGUUCAUCUUAGAGAUCAGCUCAACUGUUGUCAGAGAAUUAAGUCUGUAACAUAUUCUCUAACAUAUGGUGAUUUAAAGGAAAAACUUUCUUGAGGAAUUCUGACUCCUUAAGCUUCUCUUAUAUAAAAACAUGCACAUUCUUCUUUAUCAUCUAGAUCUUCUCAUUUUCCCUGCUAUUUUAUAAUCCCCUUUGAGAAGUUUUAAUCACUAGCUUAAGAAGGUUCUUCUUGGGUGUUUGACUAGCUAAAAGGAUGACAAUGGAAAUGUAAAUAUGUGUACUUCUUAGAUAUGUGUACAGUAGGAGAUUUGGCCUAAAGCUUUAAAGACUAAAAAAGUUAAAAAUGGGAGAGACAAUGAUGGAGCCAAUGCAUAGUGAUUCCUCAGAUAGCAAUAGCCAACGAAAACAUGGUGGUUAUCUUAUUUCAUUCUUUUUAGUCAUUUCUGUACUUCUAGGCAUGGAACCAGCAGACAGGCAAGCAGUUAAAGUAGCAUGCUUUUUUCAAAAGAAUAUACUCCAUGGAUUGUAGCCUGGCUCUAAUUUUAAGACUUUUGCCAUUCUAAAAGUCAUUCUUAUCAAGACUGAAUUGCAGUUUUGUAAAUGAAUAAAUGCCAUGGUUUCCUUUCAUGUUCCGUGUAAUAGUCAGUCGUUUUCAGUGUGGUAGAGUGAUAUCGUUCUUCUCAAACUGGUGAUUUGUGCUUUCCCACCAGAUUAUCAUUGGUUGCUGAGAGCCCAGUAAGUUACUGAUGGUUAUUUCCUGGAUAGCUUGACAAGUUUAUUGUUCAGUGCUUUGGGGGAGUUGCAGGGUGGGGUAUAGGGUUAAAAUAUUAUGUUCAGUGUUAAGUGACUUAUAUGAAAAUAGGAACACAUCUAUAAAUAAUAGUAUGGCCUUUAUUUACAGUGAAACCCUAAUUUGCUGUAAUAUCUUCUUAUUUUGUACUGUAACUUUCUGUAAAUGCUUUAAACCUCACUGUGCCAUUAGAUGGUUUGAACAAAGUCUACCCAAUAGAAUAACCCAAAGUGCUGAGAUUAGAGUGAUGAGAGCAGUCUAGAAAAUUAUGAUGAACGGGAGUUAACUAGUCAGUAUUACCAGAACAUGCUAAGGGGAAAAAGGACUAGGAGAUGAAUCUUCACUUUUUGUAGAUAUUCAAAUGAUGUUUCAUUAUCCCUGUCCUUCAUUUUAUCCAGGCACAGAGAUUUCUAAAGUGUUUCCUUGAUGGCUUUUCAAAUGUUCCUUUUUUUUUUUUAAACCAGUCUCCCAGAUCCCUUCAAAAUGUUACAGGAAAAGAGAUCUAUAGUCAUGUGGCAGUUCUCAGUUAUCAGCCAAUUUGGUACUAUCUUCUCUUUGUACAAUUAGAUUAGAUUUUGAUUGCCAGUAUACUGCUUGUGCACCACGGGCAUUUGUCAAAGAUGUAUUAUGCUCUAGUUGUCUCAUCACAUGGUGUAAUGUGUUCUAAAGACCUUUCCUCAGACUCCUGUGUUUCAAAUCGAUGGAAAUAAAAUGUUUCUAUGUUACCUUUUAAAUGAUUGCGUAGGUUUCACACAUUUUAUGUUUUUGUGUGCCCGUAAGAUGGAAAUAGAACAAAACAGUGACUGACAGAAAUACAAGUAAGAAUGUCUCUUGUCUACAUUUCUUAUUCAUGUAUUUUUCCUCAUGAGAGUUGAUCAUUAGAAAGUUAUGCUCUCUUUUUCUAUAUAAUCUUCACUGAUUUUUAAGGACUUUCCUUGUGCAAAAAAUAAGUUGGGGUGCUUCAAUAGUUCUUUCCUGAAUGUCAUAGAAAGUAUUUAUAAUGUUAAAAUUAUGAGAUUCAUAAAAUAGUGAGCAAAAGCAUCACAUGCAAAAAGAUGCCUUUAUCUGCUCCCAUGUUUUCAUUAUUCUUUUUGCCCAAUUUCCCUUACAGUUUCAACUUUCUGUUGCUUCAUACAGCAUGACUCACAUGGCUCUUCUCCAUCCUUCCACCAUAAUUAGGAGCCAGUCACUCACGGCACCACUUAUCAGUUCCUCCCAAGCCAAUAGUGAAAAGUUCCUUAGAGAACCUAGAAGAGCAGAGCUCCCAAAUUGCCUUUAUUUUACUGCAUUCUGUGAUAUCCACCAUUUUUAAAAGAUGAUGCCACUUGCCCAUCAGCAAGAGAAUUAAUUUUGAGUUGCUUUUCAUUUAACCCUUCAGGCUUCUUUACCUACUCUUCCUUAUGGGAGAUUAGUUGUCUAUGGCUUUAAAAGAGGUUUGUUAUGGUUCCAUCUAGCCAUUUAAUAAAUGCUUGUUGACUGAUAGAACCACAAAGAGAUCAAACCAAUGAUCUUGGCUCCAUUGGUGCUGUGAGCUACUGAAAGCUUUCCACUAUUCCAUCAGAGGCUGCCAUAUUGACUGAUCUGUUGAAGAUAUAAUUGUUGCUAAUAGUACAUUUGAAUAAGGGAGUAGCAUCCAACAUUAGUACUCAAGACUUGGUUUUUAUUGCUGCCUAAUUCCCUUCCAGAUCUAGUCAUUUCUAAUCCCAAACUCUAUGGUAAAAUGUGCCUGGAAGCACAUCCAGCUUAGCCUUAUAAAAGUAAUCCAGGUAGAUCAGUGGAUUGAGAGCCAGACAUAGAGAUGGGAGGUCCUGGGUUCAAAUAUGACCUCAGACACUUCCUAUCUGUGUGACCCUGGGCAAGUCACUUAAUCCCCAUUGCCUAGCCCUUAUCACUCUUCUGCCUUGAAACCAAUACACAGUAUUGAUUCUAAGAUGGAAGGGAAGGGUUUAAAAAAAAUAAUCAUCCUUUUUUUCCUUCAAAAAAUUCACAUUGGUUUACGGGGAAAGGAAUACAUUCUCAAGAAAAGAGUGAUUUACCAAGCUGCUGUUUUUAUAAUUAAUUGGGCUUUAUCCCAGCCUCCCUACACCCACCUGUGCCCAAGUGGCUUGAAAUUGCUAAUGUGUCUAACUAGGGAAUAAGUGAGGCAUUGGGGAAAACUUGGCUGAUUAUGUGCAAGUUCCCUGACCUUGAGAAUCAGGUUCCAGAUACUUCUAAUUAGUGUUUCAGAUGAGUCGAUAACAUAGUAGUAAUGACUGCAAUUUUCACCCUGCAUAAUACUAUAGUUUGCCUUUAAAUCUCAUGAGGGUUUUUUUUUUAUCUUUUAUACAAUAAUAACCGAUCACAAUUCAUAAUUCUACUUCUUUUGAUAAACAUUAAGCCCUUACUACAUGCAAGACUGUCAAGAUGAAAAAGAAAAUUUCAGAAGAUAGGGGAAAAUAUUUUGAUUUAUUACAUUAUAUCCAUUUCCCUUUUUAAAAAAUACAUCUCACCUCUAUGGUAAUUACAUAAUCUAAUAUACUAUAAAGGAUAAUUAAGGCUCAAAGAAACUUUUUUGACCCCUGGAGAAUGUAAAUGAAAACAUUAAGGGAGCACUACCUAUCUUAAUGACUUGAUUUUCUUUUGUUGACUCUGAACCCUCACCAUACACACACACACACACACACACACACACACACACACACACACACACACACAUACACACACCCUCAUUCAUUCACAACAUAUGUAUGGAACUGAGUGUAACUAAAAAUAAUAUCUUGCACUUUCUUAAUAUGAAGUGAUUCUUUUAUCCUAGGUUGUCUCUCCUGGAAAGUAGCCCUACAGAAAAAGAAACUUCCCCUGAGUGAUGGCAAUCCCAUUCACUAGAUGAAAAUAAUGAAAACCAAAAGGAGAGUGAACAUUACUUGGACACAUAUCCACAUAUUUGUUUUACUAAACACAUAAGCGACCUAAACUAUUUAUCACCUAUUCCUAAAGUUUUCCUUUUUUAAAACUACCAAAAAAUGUUUUAAUCUCUUUUUUAGUAUGGCACAGGAUAGCUAUCCUGAUAAUUCUCUCUUACUGUGCAGAAAAAAAAUGGUAGGCAAUUUUUAUAGGCAUUUAUUUCUGCAGGUGAAUCAAAAUAUAUUCUAGAAACCCAGAAACCUAGAUUCUUAUUCCUGUGUCCACUCCUAAUUAUUUUAAAUUUUGUCAUUAUUUAAAUAUCCAUCAAUAAGCAUUUAUUAAAGAUCCUCAUGUAUUCCAGGAACUGUGCUAUAGAUUGAAGAUACAAACCUCAAAAUUUAAAUAAUCCCUCCCCUUGAGGAGGUUAUAUUCUAUCAGGAUCUAAUAAGUAUUGAGUUUUACAUUUGCAUUUAACACAAUCAGGCUUCUUUUCAAAUUAGAAACUUUGUCUAGUAGCUAUUAGGUGCUCAGCAACAUGAAUAAAGAAAAUAGGAUUUCCUUUAUAUGCUUCUGUAUACUCAUCAGGAAAAUGGAAUAAUCUUCUCUACUCCCUAUCAACAUUCUAAAGAUUCAGUAAGGUAAUGUGUAAAUGUGUACAAGGUGGUUAAACCUAUAGACUGAGUCACUGAAUCCAUAAUUUUGUAAAUAAAAUUGUUCAUUUCCAUUUCUGUUUAACCUGAAGUAAGACUGGUCUAUGAAUGGCAUGAUGUCACAGUACUUACUUGUGAAUGGCUAGAAGCACCCUUUCAAGGAAUUUCUAGAGCUAAGUCAUUUCAACAUUCUUUAAGAAAGAAAGAAAGAAAGAAAGAAAGAAAGAAAGAAAGAAAGAAAGAAAGAAAGAAAGAAAGAAAGAAAAGAGAGAAAGGAAGAGAGAAAGAAAAGAGAGAAAGAAAGAAAAGAGAGAAAGAAAGAAAAGAGAGAGAGAGAAAGAAAAAAGGAAAGAAAGUCCUCAAAUCUUUACCAAAAAAGUACUUCCCUGAUCAGUUUCUGUACCAGUGUAAUAUCAGUAUGAACUAUGCACUGAAAAGAGAAAAAUGCAUAGUUUUUUAAAUUUUUUUCUAGUAAAAUAAGAUAGCAUCUUUCAUCGAUUUCAAAGAAGAGGCAAUAGCUUUGUGGUUGACAAAACAUUGGUUUUGGAAUUGUGAGUCCAAGGCUCUGGAUUCUUUGACCUACUUGGGCAAACCAAUUAACUUAUGUGCCUCAGCUUCUCCACAUGCAAAAUGGGGAUAAUAAUAUUUAACACUGCCUACCUCACCAGGAUAUGAUGAGGGCAAGUGAGAUAAUUGUGAAAUGCUUUGAAUUUUUUGAAAGAAAGGUGCUACACAAAUUGAAAGCUCAUUUUGUUUUUAAUAAACCAGUUAUUGAUUCUAUUUAGGGUCUUACUAUUGCUGCUCAUUUUGAGGAUAAUUUUAAGAUUGAUGCAUAUUUAUUGUUCACAUCUAUGGUCAAACCUUGAUAUAUCAUUCAAUAGUGGUACCCAAUAAAUUGAAAUGUGUAUUUUUCAACGUAUUUCUACUGAAAACACUUAAAUUGUGAAUCUUCACAAAUGGCUGGAGUUUGACAUGUAACUUGAAAGGUUAUGUGUAAUGAACCUCUAUUCAUGCCUGUAUAUAAAUAUAAUUAAGUGUAAAUAGGGAGUAUGUUGUAAUUAUAGACAUUAUUAUCAGAUUGUCUUUGUCUUUUUAAAAUUGCAAUAAAGUUCCAUUUUUCUACAAAA